UCAUGAGUGAUUCAUGAGUUGCAUGGCGAGUCCCAUGCUCAUUCACUCAUUCGGUUGUUCCUGCUAGAGUGAGGUCACCUCUCUGCGAGGUAACUGCUCACUUGAAAGAAAAAAUCAAAACUUUUAACAAACGUAUUAUUCAUUCUGUUGACAUAUUCUCCAGCCAAGAUGUCGAUCGCUACCAUGGAAAAGCACCUCUUCAACCUGAAGUUUGCAACCAAAGAGCUGGAGCGAAAUUCCAAGAAGUGUGAAAAAGAGGAGAAGGUUGAAAAAACCAAGUUGAAGAAGGCUAUCCAGAAGAACAACACGGAAGGGGCAAGGAUUCAUGCUGAAAAUGCAAUUCGACAGAAGAAUCAGGCCCUCAACUAUCUUCGAAUGGCAGCCAGGGUGGAUGCUGUUGCUAGUCGAGUUCAGACUGCUGUCACAACGCGAAAAGUGACAACAUCAAUGGCUGGUGUGGUGAAGGCAAUGGAUGCUGCAAUGCGGUCUAUGAAUCUUGAGAAGAUCUCAAGCUUGAUGGACAAAUUUGAGAAGCAGUUUGAGGACCUGGAUGUACAGAGUUCUUACAUGGAGGGUGCCAUGAGCCAGACAACCACUACCACUGUCCCCCAGAAUGAAGUUGACAACCUCAUGCAACAAGUUGCUGAUGAGGCUGGAUUGGAAUUGAACAUGGAACUGCCUCAAGGGGAGACAGGAUCUGUUGGAGUGUCAACACAGGCCUCAGUGGAGCAGGAUGAUCUCUCACAACGACUUGCUCGCUUGAGACAAGUUUGAACUCCUGCUUCUUUCAUUCCUGUCUGAAUGAAAACUUCUGGUUGCCUCUGAGACUGAGUGGGAGAACUGCUAAUGCAAAUCUAUGUUUCCACCACCUCAUUGUUCUUGAUUUUCCAACUUUGCUCUAGAAUACUAAGAGCAAUGGAACUCUGAUACAUGGAUGAUUUUAUUGGCCUACUGUGAAUCAUGUUUAUGAAUACAUGAUAGAAAAAUAUAUAUUCUACUUUUCUAGGAGAAUAAAUCAUUUGUACAAUUGAGUAGGCUAGUACUAUUUGAUGCAACUUUUUUUUCAUCUUUUCAUCCUUGUUUUUAACCCCAAGUUUCCUUGUCCAGGAAAAACGAAGCCAGGUGGUAAUAAUAAUUUAAAUGAAUUCAGGUAAAGUAGGGUUCCAUUUUUUCAAUUUAUAAAUUAAUGAAUUUCAUUAAAUAACAAAGGAAGACAUACAAUUUUUUCUGUGAACUGUUGGCAUUUGAAAGAUGUUACUUGGAGUUCACAAAUCUGCUUUAUCUCUGCU